GACUUGUUCCAUUGCUUUCUGGUAAGGCGUUAGCAGCCUACACAGCAAUGGAUGAAGACAGGGCCCACUGCUAUAAUGAACUGAAAGCAGCAUUAUUGGCAAAAUUUGACAUAUCUCCAGAGACCUACAGGCAGCGGUUCCGGUCAACUGUGGUUCCACCUGAUGAAAGCCCGGCAGAAACCUACUCCCGACUGAAGGGGCUUUUCCGACGCUGGAUUCGACCUACACAGCACACUAAGGAGCAGAUUGGAGAGGCCAUCAUUCUGGAGCAGUUCCUGCGAGUUCUACCGCCUGAGAUGAGGACAUGGGUGAAGGAACACGAGCCGAAAGAUGGACAGCAUGCAGCAAAACUGGCGACACAGUUCCUGAAUGCCCGCAAGGGAGGCGGCGGUUCAAACUUCAUCAACAGGAACCGCAGGGUUACAGCGCAGCCGGUCCAACUGAAAGCUACAAUAGAACGAAGCAACCGGGACUUUCCAGGUAACUUCUCCAGGGAACCAGACCACCACCAGCUGGGUAAGAACCUUGUUUGUUAUUAUUGCCAACAACCGGGCCACAAAGCUUCUGUGUGUCCAGUGCGCAAAGCUAAGGUCAGCGGGGCCUGUUAUCCACCCCGGCUUGAAGAGGGGAUUGUUGGGACUGAAAAUAUUGGCAGACACUAUCAACAAAUAACUGUUAAUGGACAAAAUGUGACUGCUCUUUUGGACACUGGAAGUUUCAUCUCGCUCAUAAAGCAGAGUCUGGUACCAGUGGGCCAGACAGAUUAUGGAAGAAAAGGGGACAUUUUGUGUGUCCAUGGUGACAAACAUACAUACCCAAAAGCAGACUUAACAGUUGUUAUUGAUGAACAACCAUAUCUGUUGACAUUUGGUGUUACUGAAAACUUGCCAGUAGAUGUAAUUUUCGGUCGGGAUUUACCAGUGCUUUUUGACUUGUUGAAGGAAAAGCAGUCCAAUCAGAUGGAUUUUGAUAAGGAGGGCAAUACCCAAGUAAAUGUUAAAAUCUCUUGUCCGGUGGUCACCAGAGCCCAAGUAAAGGCCGGUGUCCAACCAUUACCAGACCUAGACAGUAGUUUAUGUGAGGGUGGCACAAAAGGGCCAAGAAAAACUCGAAGCCAACGGCGUUUUGAAAAAAAGCUAAGGUUAAAAGAACCUGAUCAGAUAGAUGCAUUGUGGGACAUACCAGAAAACAUUUCUCUGUUACAACAAGAGGAUGAGAGUUUGAAACCACUAUUCCUUAAGGCUCAAAAAGAAAAAACUGGAAAUUGUGUGGUUGAACCAAGGUAUGUUGUUGAACGAUUGCCAUGGACAUUGUGGGCCCACUAA